CUCAGUUCAAGCCUUCAUAACCUAAACCGGGCUUAGAGCCAGAAGUUCGGGAUGCAAUUUCUUAGCUCCUCGAGCUCAAAGAGCCACUAUAUAGCAAAAGAAGACUAUGAGACCUUACUUGAACACGGCUAUAAAGCUCGACCCUUUUCGUCUUCUUUUCUCUCCGAAUCUCCGCGGUAGAAGGAUUAACCAUAUCAAAACAACCUUCGCGUUCCGAAACCUUCGUUUCUCAAGCGAAACCAUAACUCCAAGUCGCCAUCUUCUUCUGCGACGCCGUUAUCGUUGCAGAGCAAUGGGGACAUCUUCUCCUGAAGCAGCUGUUCAAGUUCACGUUAAGGACAAAAUUGAACUGACGGAGAUUGAGAAGAAGAUUUUUGAUCGCCUUCUUAACACCCUGCGUCACUGCAAUCUCAAAACUGAGCUCCGUGUUGCCGGCGGUUGGGUUCGCGACAAGAUUUUAGGCAAGGAUUGUUAUGACAUUGAUAUUGCUAUUGACAAUAUGUUGGGCAGUGAGUUUGUUGAUAAGGUCAGGGAGUAUUUAUUAUCUACUGGGGAAGUGGCACAGGGUAUUGGCAUUAUUCCACGCAAUCCUGACCAGUCCAAGCACUUAGAAACUGCAAGGAUGCGCCUUUUUGAUUUAUGGAUAGAUUUUGUAAACUUAAGGUGUGAAGAGUAUAGUGAAGGCAGUCGUAUUCCUACAAUGAAAUUUGGCACAGCAAAAGAGGAUGCUUUUAGAAGAGAUUUAACCAUUAACAGCUUGUUCUACAAUAUUAAUACCAGUUCAGUUGAGGACUUUACUGAAAGAGGCAUUGAAGAUCUAAAGUCUGGAAAAAUAGUUACUCCCUUACCUCCAAAAGCUACUUUUUUGGAUGAUCCGCUUAGAGUUCUUCGAGCUAUUCGAUUUG